GACACUCAUCUGGUGCCUGAGUCUGCAGGUGACACAGCUUAGGUACGGAGUUCGGAGUCGGAGCAUGGGAACGCAGGGCUAUAGGCAAUCUUGGAAUCAAAUCGCCGAGAACCGGCUCCUAGGUUAGUUGUGUCUCAAGCCGGGGGGACCUCUCUACUAGUUACCCACCUCUGUGGGUGCACCUGCUGUGUGUAGAGAGGGCAGGAGCAAAUCAGCUAGCAGCAUGAUCUCGGCUGAAUGUUGUGGACUUGCCUGUCCCCAAGUGAAAAGCACUGAUUGGGAGAAGAGAGAGUGAGAGGCUUUUUAGAGUUGGAAAAGAAGGCGAGCUCUUGGAUUUCUCUCUGCAGAGGGACCUAGGACUCCCCAAGGGGCUGGUUUUGUACUGUCAUUGCUUCUUUCGUCCUGUCUUCACCCUUCUGAUCCAGUCCAGAAGCACUCCUUAACCAUGCUUUGGGUUACCGGAGUUUUUGGUGUUCCGCUGGAAGAGAGCAGGAGAGAGGUAUAGCGGCACCAGCAGCAAGGGGAAGACAGAAUUUGGAAAGGGGUAUCCGUGCUCUCUCCCAUUCUGAAAGGAAGGCGUUCGCAUCCCCUCUAAAUAUGGGAGGGGGGGGGAGCACGUGAAAUCAUGAAAUAAAAACUUUGGAAAGCUGCCACCGGAGAUGUGGUCGGGGCUGAAAAAACCCUGGAAUCUGUUAGGAAUCUCCUCUCAGACGCUCUGGGGCUUGGGAGCAGCUGAUACAGCAAGGAUUCAAGGGGCCCUGGAGGAGCGGUGCUGACAGGGGAGCGUGGCGAGAGAAUGAAGAAGCCAACCGCCCAGGAGAAGCAUGAGGUGGCAGUGCGGUGCUCGGUUUAAAGGGCUUCGGCUGGCCAUCCCAUGGGCGACGCUGCUGGCACUAGGUCUCCCCGGCUGGAUCUUUGCGGCCACUGCCAUUGCUGCCGCCGCUGUGGCCCCUGAGCAACAUGCCUCUUUGGCUGGCCAGCCCCCUUUGGAUUGGCUACUCACUGAUCGGGGCCCAUUUCACCGUGCUCAGGAGUAUGCGGACUUCAUGGAACGAUACCGUCAAGGUUUCACCACCAGGUACAGGAUUUACAGAGAGUUUGCCCGAUGGAAAGUGAACAACUUGGCUCUUGAAAGAAAGGACUUUUUCAGCUUACCAUUACCACUUGCCCCAGAAUUCAUCCGGAACAUCCGCCUUCUGGGAAGGAGGCCCAGCCUACAGCAAAUUACAGAAAACCUCAUCAAAAAGUACGGCACUCAUUUUUUACUCUCCGCAACUCUUGGAGGUGAAGAGUCAUUGACCAUUUUUGUGGACAAGAGGAAACUCAGCCGGAAAGCAGAAGCAAGUGAAGCUACUGGGGCUGGGAGAAGUGGGAACAAUUCUGCUGUGUCCCUGGAGACCCUACACCAGCUGGCGGCCUCCUACUUUAUUGACAGAGAAAGCACACUCCGCCGUCUCCAUCACAUCCAGAUAGCAACAGCUGCCAUUAAGGUCACAGAGACACGGACAGGCCCUCUGGGCUGCAGUAACUAUGAUAAUCUGGAUUCUGUGAGCUCAGUCCUGGUGCAAAGUCCAGAAAACAAGGUGCAAUUAUUAGGCCUGCAGGUGCUGCUGCCUGAGUACCUAAGAGAGCGAUUUGUGGCCGCUGCUCUCAGCUAUAUCACCUGCAGCUCUGAAGGGGAGCUCAUCUGCCGUGACAAUGACUGCUGGUGCCAGUGUGGACCAAGCUUCCCAGAGUGCAACUGCCCUGAACCGGACAUUCAGGCCAUGGAAGAUAGCCUGCUCCAGAUUCAGGACACCUGGGCUACACACAAUAGACAGUUUGAGGAGUCAGAGGAAUUUCAGGCCCUGCUAAAGAGACUUCCAGAGGACAGAUUCCUGAACUCAACUGCCAUCUCCCAGUUUUGGGCCAUGGACUCAAACCUCCAGCACCGUUACCAGCAACUGGGGACCAAUUUAAAACUGCUGUCCAAGAAAACCCAUCGCGUCAUUCGCCGCCUCUUCAACCUUUGCAAACGCUGUCCCAGACAGCCUCGAUUCUGGCUGCCCAAGGAAAGACCCUUAUCCUAUUGGUGGAACCGGAUCCAGUCUUUCUUAUAUUGUGCAGAAAGCACUUUCCCUGGAACUUUCUUGGAGCAGAGCCACAGCUGCACCUGCCCCUAUGACCAAUCAUCUUGCCAGGGUCCCAUUCCGUGUGCCUUGGGUGACGGGCCAGCCUGUGCUGUCUGUGCACCAGACAAUAGCACCCGUUGUGGGAGUUGCAAUGAUGGCUACGUGCUGACCCAGGGUUUGUGCCGGCCAGAGGUGGCAGAGUCCCUGGAGAAUUACCUCGGCCUAGAGACGGAUCUGCAGGAUUUGGAACUUAAGUACCUGCUUCAGAAACGGGACAGCCGCAUUGAAGUGCACUCCAUCUUCAUUAGCAAUGACAUGCGUCUGGGCAGCUGGUUUGACCCCUCAUGGAGAAAGCGCAUGCUUCUGACCCUAAAAAGUAAUAAGUACAAGCCAGGGUUGGUCCAUGUGAUGCUGGCUUUGUCACUGCAGAUCUGUCUCACCAAGAAUAGCACUCUGGAGCCCGCCAUGGCCAUCUACGUCAAUCCCUUUGGGGGCAGCCAUUCAGAGAGCUGGUUCAUGCCUGUGAAUGAAGGUGAUUUUCCAGACUGGGAAAGGACUAAUGUGGAUGCAUCUGCCCAGUGCCAAAACUGGACACUCACCUUAGGGAACAAGUGGAAGACCUUUUUCGAGACAGUCCAUGUCUACCUGAGGAGCCGGAUCAAAUCCCUUGAUGACAAUUCAAAUGAGACACUUUACUAUGAGCCCCUUGAGAUGUCUGACCCCUCCAAGAAUCUGGGCUACAUGAAAAUCAACAGUUUACAGGUCUUUGGUUAUAGCAUGCCCUUUGACCCUGAUGCUAUUCGGGACUUAAUCCUCCAGCUGGAUUACCCAUACACUCAAGGUUCCCAGGACUCUGCACUCUUACAGCUUAUUGAGAUCAGGGACCGAGUGAACCAGCUUUCUCCCCCUGGAAAAGUGCGGCUCGACCUUUUCUCUUGCUUGCUCCGGCAUCGGCUCAAACUGGCCAACAAUGAAGUGGGCAGGAUUCAGUCCUCCCUCAGGGCCUUCAAUGCCAAACUGCCAAAUCCUGUGGAGUAUGAGACUGGCAAGCUCUGCAGCUAACCUGGGGGCUCUGGUUAUGUCCCGGGGCUGGGGAGCAGGGGAGCCAAGAAUGACUAAAGGGCCUUAUCUUAGUGCCAAUCAUGUGCAUUGACAAGUGAGACUUGAGAUAAGAUGGAUGCAGAUGUGGGCACACAGAAGCCUAAACCUAUAUACACAUUAUCUCCCUCACUGGGAGACUAAAAUGAAACAGAAUCUGAUUGGUAAAAUCAGUGAUUUCUGACAUGAGAACAGUUGAUAAGAGAAGAGAAUUUUUAAAACCUUCUCUCACACAUACAAAUAUGUUUCAGAAAUCUUUAAAAGUGAUUCUUGCCAUUCAAAGGAAAGAAGGAGCAAAGUGGGGUUGAGCUUUGGGCCUCCCACUUUAAGGAGUCACUUUUGUAUUCUUUUUAACCAGAUGUUUCUAACGAUGUAGUGGUUUUGUGUUCCCCAUUUUGUUUUUUUUUCGGUUUUUGUAUUUUUCUUCUGCUGUGCCCUCUCAACACUGCCUUUUCCCUCAGAACACAUCCCACUGGGAAAUCCUUGAGAAUGAAACAGACAGAGAUUGUGUUUGUUGCUUCUCAUAUUCAUCCCUAUACCUCAGUUUCCCUCUUUGACCCCCUCCUCUCUCUCUGUCCCACCAACAAUUCCAGGGCGCCACGUUCUUCCCAUUACCCCAUACAUCUCUUCAUCUAACUGGACUUAUCCCCUAGAAGCAACGCUGUCAAGUUAGUAAUAGAUAUUCAAUGUAUAGGGCUAUCUUUCUUUCUUUCUUUUUUAAUCAAAAAAUAUUUAUUUUAUGAUUUUUUUUGUUAAUUUGCUCCAACCAAGUGACAUCUGAGUAAAAUUUACCUGGUUUAAUAUAUUUUUUAAAAAAUGCCUUUUUGAGGAAAAAAAAAAGAGAAAAGAGAAAAAAAAAGUGUCUUUCUCUGGGUUGGCUAGAAGUUUUGUUUGUUACUUUGCCUGCUGUGAACGUGUUAGUGUGCUGUGACUGAAUGACUUGAUUGGUUGUAGAGUCCUGUUUGCAAGACAUCUUGCUGUGUUCUAGAUCUGUGUGCACAUAUGUAUGUGUUAAGGGGUGUAUGUGUGUGCAAAUUGUAGGCAUGCUUAUGAGUGACAAAGAGUUAAUUAAUAAGUAUUCAUUAGCUCCUGAUAUGGUAGGCACUGAUUAAGGGAAAAUACAAGCUCUUCAUUAGCCCAUUCUCUCACCACAUUAUUUUUGUUCUAGGCUUAGAUUCAGUUUAUCCCCACAUACAUAAGUUCACAGUAAGAGGUCAGUUUAAGCCAGUUUUUGCUUCAGGGAGGCAGAAUAUCUCUGUGUUUUGGCUAGGAAAUUUGGUGAAGGAUAAGCAAAGUAGGCAGUCUUUCUUUGGCUCUGCUGCCAAUAGCUUCUUGGAUGUUUCAACACCCUUUCUUUCUCGAGACUGAAUCACUCCCAGGAGAAAGUGGACAAAAUUCAGGGAGUAGUCCCUCUAAGACCAUUCUCUUUACUAUCCAUUUUCCUCUUCAAAAAAGAAUCUGAUGGGAAACUUUUACUUUUGACAUAGAGAUGGAUGCAUCAUUUUCCACCUGGAUCCUCAUACAGUAAAUGUUUCCCACUCUGUCCCUAGAUGAAUCAUUUUUCUCUCAAUUCUUCACAUGUUCCCAGUAUAAUUUGUAGGCAUGACAACCCCAAUCCUAUUCAGAAGAGUGCAAUACACAAAUAGCAAGCAUUUCAUUCACCACCUAUGGUACUUCACAGUUGGUGUAACUGGAAUCAGGAGACAGUAGGAAGCCAGUUAGUUCUAUUCAAACCUGUUUAAAGAUUACUGUCAUGCUCUAGCUUUCUGUUUUAUUAUAUUAAAUCACUACAUCUCUUUUUAGUCUAUAAGGAUUCAGAAUUUCUGUGAAAUAAGUGGCCCAGAACAUUGUUACCUUCAAAGCUCCCAUUAAACCCUUCUAGGUCAGGAAUAUUGAGUGAUGGUCCGGUCUUCUGAUAAAUAACAUAUACCAACUGAAGCUGUUGUUCCAUGUCUGUUUCCUCACCUGCAGGAAUCUGGUCAAUACUUGUCAUCUCCUGAGUCAGGAGUGGAUUUCAGUUAGAUUCUGGUAGCGAGAGCGGGGAAGAUGGUGCAAGGAUUGGGUCAGAAGAGAAAAUACUUUCAUUGUUUGAUAAAGGUUGUUUGAGAAGUGUGAAGUGAGUGUGAAAAGUGUGAUUUUACACUCUGACAUGCAUGUCUUCAUAUUGUGUGAGUGAGCAGAGUGAGGGACUUUAGCUCACUAAUUAAAGGCAUUAAGAUCUCAGGUGGAAGAAUCAGCUACCUGCCAUAACAACAUGAGAAUUCUGAGAAGGGAAGCCUUCACAAGGCUGGCUGAACAUGACUGUCAAAAUUGACAGUCUGGAAUCUCAGUAAAAUAGAUUUAUUUAUUCAGAUGGAAAUUGAGUCAGGACAAAGAAUCAAAGAUUUGGUACUCAAUAGGACCACAGAAGUCAUCUAAUCUAAAGUCAUCCUCACUUUAUAGAUGAAAAAACUGAGACCCGGAGUGCUUAAGUGUCUAUUACCUACAUGAGUGUUAAAUGUAAAAGAACUAGGAUUCAAACUCAGGCCCUCCAAUCCUCAAAUCCAAUUUUUUUUCCUCUGGUACCAUGUCCCACUCAACUCCUAAAUGAGGGCAAUUUCCCCUAUUUGUCCCCCAGUCCUUAAAAUCCCCAUCAUUUCAUGUACCUAAAAUGAUGGGGAAUUAUAGCUGCUUGAUUUUAAAUAAAAGAUCCAGUUUGGGAAAAGAGUGUGGCCUCUUGACUUCCUUAUAAAAAUGGAUCUCCAGAACUCCCCAGCUUUGGCCUUUUCAGCUUUGAUGGUCUAGCAGGAAGGUCAAGAGAUUUUAGAAAGAACCAGAUGUGUAAAGGAUAGUUGCCAACUCUUUGCUAGUUCUGAUGUUAGGCUAUGAAAACUGAAGUUGUCACCUUCAUCUAAGCAAUCUUGAAAGCUUCUUACAUAUCAGGUCCAUGUUGACAACAGGCUGCUUUAUUAUUAAAAUACAUUCAUUGAUCCAAUGCUUAACUUGAUGACCGAUAUAUGUUCAGUUUUGAGGUGUUUCUCUGGUACUUCCUGAAGCAGUUAUAUUUUAUACUAUGACUACUCCUACCAUACAAAUGUCCUUUGUUAACAUAGAUCCUAUGGUACAUUAAAAGUUCAGCGCUAGAAAUAUUUUUAGAUGUUCUCUAGUCCAAACUCUUCAUAUUAUAGAAGCCAGGAGAGAUUAUGAUUUUUAAGGGUCAAACAAUAUUGAUAAAAUUAUUCAUAAUAGCUAGCAUUUAUGUAGCACCUAUUUUGUUCCAGGCACUGUGCUAAGGGAACUGUGAAUAUGAUCUCAUUUGAUCUUCUCAACAACCCUGUGAAGUAACUACUAUUUUUAUCUUCACUUUGUAAUUGAGGAAACAUGUCCAAGAUUACACAGAUAGUUCACUGGUGAUAGAUGGAUUUUAUUUGAUUUAUUUUAUUUGAUGUUUUAUUUUUUGCUGAAACAAUUAGGGUUAAGUGACUUGUCCAGGGUCACACAGCUAGGAGGUAUUAAGUGUCUGAGACCAGAUUUGAACUUCAGAUUUGAAGCCAGGUUCUCCUGACUUCAGGGCUGGUGCUCUAUCUUCUGCACUAGUUGCCCCUGAUAGAAUGGAUUUUAAUUAAGGUCUUCCUGACUCCAGACCUGGGACUCUAUCAACUGGGCAACUUAGAUGCCUCAAGUAUAGCUGAGCCUGGAUGAUAGUAUUAGUUCUGUAAGAACUUUGGAGGUCAAGAGUUUUAGUGACUGUCUCAAAGUCAUGCAGUUAUUAAAUUGAAAAAGUAGGAAUUAAACUGAAAUCCUCAGUCUCCAAACUCAGUGACUCUUAGGGAAUUAGUUUCCUGAGCUUCAUUUAAUUCAAGUGACUUGCCCAGAGUCACACACCUAGCAUUAUAUAAGCCAGUAUUCUAUUGGUUGUUAAGUAGUAGAAGAGUUUGAGGUUUAUUAGGAAACAAAAUAUAAAUUCUAAGAAGCAAGUGAAAGUAGCUCCAAAGUCAUUUUUUAGAGACUUGAAUAAAUCAAUAUUACAACCUUGAAAUCAUAGUGGAAUUUCACAGCUAGCUGAGUUGAGAAGUCACAUGUCAUAAGAGUACACAGCUGCAACUGGAGUCAUCAGCAUUUGCAUUAGGGGAUGUCAACAACCUUUUCCAGGACAUGGUUGUAAGUCUGGAAUUGUCAACAGGUUAGUAAUGGUGCUGACAAGCUUAUCACAUCUUGGAAUUGGGAGCCAAAUCUCCAUUCAGCCACUAACACACUUUGGGUAAUAAUCAUCAGAAAUGCAAGCUUUAAUUAUGAUUACAAAGAAAUAAUUCAUCAUAUACUAAUCUGUACUAAUGCAUUAGAUUAAUACCUCUAAGACUAAAUAAUACCUUUAAGACUUAAUACUAAUAAUAUAAUGCUAUCUUGAGCAAACUCACUCAUACAUCAACAGCCAAUCCCCCAAAUGAAGGUGAUAUUAGGUCUUUGUAUUCUCCUGUUAGGCUUAAGUCCAGUCCCUGGCCUUUUCCCAUAAGCAUAAGAAUUAAUUCAUGUGAGCCUUAUGAGUAAGUAGAAUAAAUUUACCUACAUGUUCUGAUUUCAAAGAGUGCCAGACACAUUAUUACCUGUCUCUAUAUUUUUAUUCUUCCUGUGUCUUGAAGACUUCUGUCUGUACCUCCCUAUUAAAGGGGAAAACUUCCAGGAAGGUGAUACUCCAUUAGCUGCAUAGAUGCAAAGUUGUUCAACUAGCCUCAUUUGCCCUUUUGAGAGAAAUCUUAUUCUGUAGAUCAGAGAAAUGCUACACUUUAUAAAUCUAGAUUUCAUCAAAGCAUUUGACAAUGCCUUUCACUAUAUACUUGUUUUAUUGAUGCCCUUUUUUACCUUACUUGUUGUAUUAUACCUCCCCCACUAUAACCCACACUUGAAACCUUCCACUGUAAAAAUGAAAACAGUUCAGCAAAAGCAUUUUUUGCAUUCUUCUCCCUCUUUAUUACCUUUAAUGUAAACUACAAUUAUUUUCAUGUGAACUUUAUCUUAUUUUUAAUAAAGCUUUUUAUUUUCAAAACAUAUGAAUAGAUAGUUUUCAACAUUCACUUUUGCAAAACCUUGUGAUCCAUUUUUUUUCCUUCCUCCCUUUCUCCUGCCUCUUCCCCUAGAGGGUAAGUAAUCUAAUAUAUGCUAAAUAUAGCAAAAGCAUUGAUAUUUUGACCCUGUAUAAAACAUUCUGAAUAUAGAGUUUCCUGCCUUUUCACAGGAGAAAGGAGCGAUCACUAUAUCAUUGAGGAAAAUAAUAUUUAUGCACUGGAUAAAACCACAGCAUGGUUCAAUGACCAGAUCCAAAAAGUUAUUCCUAAAGGAUUGAUGUCAAGAUCAGGAUGGGGAGGCAAUGUUCUCUAGUGAAGUGCCAUAGAGAUGCUCUCACUCCUAUUCAGUUUGGUACAUUUUUGAUGAAUUAUUUGAAGACAAAUAUGUUUUUAAUAAUUACUCUGGGGCAUUAUAGUGGAAAGGGCCUAAACUUGGAGUAAAUUUAUAUUAGAUAUGUGCUGUCUGGACCCAAAAUGGCAAAUUUAUGUUUAGUGUCAGCAAUAUUUUCUAACAAUUAGAGCUGUCCCAAAGUUGAAUGAGCUACCUUAAGAAGUGUUGAGUUCUCCUUUCUUGGACACCUUUACACAGAGGCCACGGCAAUGACUACUUGGGUGUAUUAUAAUGGAGAAUCUUUCUUGUUACACUGAAUAGUUGUUGAGCUUCCUUCCAACUCCCAAAUAAUGUAAUUCUGAAUCAGAACAACUGGAUUUAAUUUAUUUUCUAAUAUAUGCUCAUGAGAAAAUCAUUUCUCAGUUUCCUCAUCUGUAAAAUGGAAACAAUAGUCCACUACCUGCCUUUUAAAAUUUUUGUUGGUAAUAUACCUUGUAAAUCUUAAAACACUAUAUAAAUUUGAACUAUUAUUACCAAAUGAAAUCUUAUCAAAUUUGUAUGAGGCAUGGAACUUAUAUAGAAAGAACUGUCAGCUGGCUGACAAGAGUCUGUAUCCAAAAACAUUUCAUUAGGUUAGGACAAUAGGCUGGCUAUAAGAAGGUGAAAUAAAUUAUAAAUAAACAUAAAUUCAUACAGAUAAUUUAUUUUAUUAGAAUAUAUCAACUGCACAAGGACAGAUGAAGGUAAUAUGGGUUAUCAAUCAUUGAUGGGAAAACACCCAGAUAUUUUAGUAGGUUGGAAAUUUAAUCUCAAAGAAUAGAAAGACAUGGCAACCAAAACUAAGUUAAUGAGAUCUGGAGAGCAUCCAGAAUGAGGAAAUUUAUAUUCCAUUCUGCUCUGGUCAGACAACGAUACUGUUUUCAGCUCUAGUGCCAUAUUUGAAAAGUAAAUUGAUAAACUUAAACCAGUUCAGAAGGGAGCAAACAUGAUAGUGAAGAUAGCAGAAAUAGUGACACAAGGGAAUUGGUUGAAACAAUCAGGAAUGUUUAGCGCUCUGUGUGUGUGUAUAUGUAUGUUUAUGUUUUAAGAUGCUACAGUGGAAUAGGAUGGGGCAGCUAGGUGGAAGAGUGGUUAGAGUAUCAGCCCUGAAGUCAUGAGGACCUGAGUUAAAAUCUGGUCUUAGACACUUAACACUUCAUACUUCCUAGCUGUGUGACCCUGGACAAAUCACUUAACCCAAAUUGCCUCAGCAAAAAAAAAAAAAAAAAAAAAAAAGCCAUAGUGGAAAAGAGCUGACCUCCAAAUUGCAAAAUAA